AUGCAAUGGGGGCGUUUUGGUCCUUUGGGGGUGAACCGCAGGGGGAAUUGGGGUCGUGGCGCAGGGGCCAUUGGAGCCUUUGAGGGCAAACCGCGGGGGCGGUUGGGCGCCUUUGGGGUGAGCGCCCCCAUGCUCCCCCCAAAGGACCCCAACCCCCCCCUGCGGUUCACCCCCAAGGCCUCCAAUGGCCCCUGCGCCACGACCCCAAUGCCCCCCACGGUUCGCCCCCAAAGGACCCCAACCCCCUCCUGCGGUUCACCCCCAAGGCCUCCAAUGGCCCCUGCGCCACGACCCCAAUGCCCCCCACGGUUCGCCCCCAAAGGACCAAAACGCCCCCCGCGGCCUCAAACACCCCCCGUGGUGGCAAACUACUUGGGGUCCUUUGAGGGCAAACCACGGGGGCCGUUGGGCGCCUUUGGGGUGAGCGCCCCCACGCUCCCGGCAAAGGACCCCAACCCCCCCCUGUGGUUCACCGCCAAGGCCUCCAAUGGCCCCUGCGCCACGACCCCAAUGCCCCCCACGGUUCGCCCCAAAGGACCCCAACCCCCCCCUGCGGUUCACCCCCAAGGCCUCCAAUGGCCCCUGCGCCACGACCCCAAUGCCCCCCGCGGACCCCAACCCCCCCUGCGGUUCACCCCCAAGGCCUCCAAUGGCCCCUGCGCCACGACCCCAAUGCCCCCCACGGUUCGCCCCCAAAGGACCCCAACCCCCCCCCUGCGGUUCACCCCCAAGGCCUCCAAUGGCCCCUGCGCCACGACCCCAAUGCCCCCCACGGUUCACCCCCAAAGGAUCUCAACCCCAAAUUUACUCAGUGCAUCUUAA